AAAAUCUUUCUUUGGAAAACCUCGUCCAAACAAGGCGUUGGCUUUCACUGUUCCGCAAUUUUCAUAGUCUCCGUCGCCGGUCAGAAUAACAAUACUCUUCCCUGACGAAUCCGUGACCUUGCGCUAUCCACGGUCAUUCAAUCUCGUCGGGAAUUUCAAGGAAUUGUACAGAGGGUUUGCAGAUAUGGAAGAAACAAUACCCUUUAAGAAUCUACACAGCAGAGAGUAUCAAGGUCACAAGAAGAAGGUUUCUGUGCACUCGGUGGCUUGGAAUUGUAGUGGCACCAAGCUUGCUUCUGGUUCUGUUGACCAAACGGCUCGUGUUUGGCACAUUGAGCCUCACGGCCAUGGUAAAAUUAAAGAUGUUGAGUUGAAGGGUCAUACUGAUAGUGUGGAUCAGCUUUGUUGGGACCCCAAGCAUGCUGAUUUGAUAGCAACUGCCUCAGGCGACAAGACUGUCCGUCUAUGGGAUGCUCGUAGUGGAAAAUGCUCUCAGCAGACAGAACUUAGUGGGGAGAAUAUAAACAUCACCUACAGACCUGAUGGAACUCAUAUAGCUGUUGGGAACAGGGAUGAUGAACUAACAAUACUGGAUGUUCGCAAAUUUAAGCCAAUUCACAGGCGCAAGUUCAAUUAUGAGGUAAAUGAGAUUGCUUGGAAUAUGACGGGGGAGAUGUUCCUUUUGACAACUGGGAAUGGUACCGUUGAAGUGCUAGCAUACCCAUCUCUUCGACCACUAGACACAGUUGUGGCUCAUACAGCAGGUUGCUAUUGCAUUGCAAUAGAUCCAAAAGGAAGAUAUUUUGCUGUUGGAAGUGCUGAUUCAUUGGUUAGCCUUUGGGAUAUUUCAGAGAUGCUUUGCGUGCGAACAUUUACUAAACUCGAAUGGCCAGUCAGGACAAUAAGCUUCAACCACACAGGAGAUUAUAUUGCUUCUGCCAGCGAAGACUUGUUCAUCGAUAUAUCCAAUGUUCACACUGGACGCUCGGUGCAUCAAAUCCCAUGUCGAGCUGCCAUGAACAGUGUUGAAUGGAACCCGAAGUACAAUUUACUUGCAUAUGCUGGGGAUGACAAGAACAAAUACCUGGCUGAUGAAGGUGUUUUUCGAAUAUUCGGCUUUGAGAGUGCCUAAACUGUAACAAAGCGAUUGGGAGGCCUUUCUGUUGUAAUAUUAUUUGGCCCUGAUUUUUUGGUUUCUUCUGGUGUUUCUGAAAAUUUUUUAAGGUAGAAUAGGGAAUUUCAUUAAUGAAGAUCAGAGAACUUUGUUUAUUAUAAAUGUUAGUAAAAUAUGGAUUUUUUUCCUUAAUUAUAAUUGUCUUAUCGACAUAAUGCGAUA